AUGAAGUGUCUCAUGCUUCUUCUCUCCGCACUGGCGGGCAUGAUGCUCUCCUCUGCUCUCCCUGUCAACGACGACACCUUCGACCCCCUGGCAAACGCCACCAUCGUCGACCUCAAGUGGACCGUCCCAAUCAGCCCCGGCCGCACCGACACCGUCUUCGGGACAAUCGAGGAUGUCGCCAGGCACCUCUCCGUCGUGGACCCCAAGCGCUUCGCCGCCAACCAAGACAGCAUCUACGACGGCGUUACGGCGUCCCCGCCCGACCACCCGGCCGUCUCUGACAGCACCAAAGACGACCAAGAUGGCCUGUACGACGUUGGUCGCGCUGUCUGCCGUCUGUACGACGACGCAAAGGGCAACACCAUCAUGACGGGCAUCGAGCACCUGCGCGCGCUUGUGGGGCCCGCCAGCCUGCCAGCAAACGCCUGCGGCCGCGUGAGCUGCUCCUGGGACUCGGCUAUCUGGUGGUGCAAUAUGAGCGAUCGUUUCUUGACGCUCGACAGCUUCGGCCGGAUCGCCGACGGGGCCCAGGAUCUCAUGAACUCGUGUGCCUUCAUCCAGGACGAGAAGCACAUCGGCCCGUUCAGCGGGAACCAGGCGUUUGGGUACGAACACGUCAACAAGUGGUGUACCGUCGUGAGGAAGAACCACCCGUGUUGA